AUGGGCAUCCAGCACCUCCUGCUGCUCCUGAUGUACCUGGACCCGCUGUGCGCGAGCAAGAAACACGGGAAACACGCGCCGCGGCGCACCGCCAAAGCCAAGGAGCUCAAUGGCACCGCCACCGUGGCCGCCCCGACCGCGCGCGCUCCCGUCCCACGAGUCCGCGCGCCCUCCCCGGUCGGAGGAGACCACGACACGUGCCUGGGUUAUUACGACGUGAGCGGCCAGUACGACAAGGAGUUCGCGUGCAACAACACGGACCACCGGUACUGCUGCGGCAGCUGCUUCCUGCGCUUCUGCUGCCCGGUGCGCGCCAAGAGGCUCGAGCAGCGCGCGUGCACCAACUACAACACGCCCGACUGGGUGAAGACGCAGCCACCGUCGCCCGCGCCGACCGCUGACGCCUACGACCCUGCGCUGGACCGCACCAACACCACCGUGUACAUCACGUGCGGCGCCAUCGCGCUCGUGCUGCUGCUCGGCAUCGCCGCCAAGGUGGCGUACGACAAGGCCACGCGCCCGCCGCAGGAGAUGAACGUGCACAGGGCUCUAGCGGACAUCCUCAGGCAGCAGAGUUCUGUCCCUGCCUCACAUUAUGAGCAGGAGAACAUGGCUACUAUUGAUGGUUCACCGAAAGACAGCACACCUAUACGCAGCAACAAGAACCACUACACACCUGUACACAACAAAAACAACCAUGGGCAUCAUGGGAAGGAUAAUUUCCGCAGUGCUCAGGACAUGCACAACUUCAUCUCCUCCGGGUUUGUCACGCUCGGCAGAGGACAGCUGAAAGCUCAACACUCCGUGGAUGAUCUGGGGUGGCAAGGAGACCUGGACAUCCCUCUGUCAUACGGGAACCAUCAUCAUGACUACACGAGCCAUGUCGACCUCACUGGAUCUCACACACCUAAAAUCGGACACAGAAUAGAGCGCUACGAUAAGCCUCGCAUGAACAACAUCCUGACAUCACAGACAGAGCCGUACGAUCUGUCGUUCUCUCGUUCCUACCAGAACCUCACUCACCUCCUGCCUUCGUACGACAUGCCGCUGAAAGCCGACCACGGUGAGGACGACUAUUACGGGAGGAAGUUCCACCUACCUGAUGUGACCCCGAAGCUGGUGAAGUUGGCUCCGGAGACACCAGAGCACCGAGUGAGGCCACGUCGUGUGCAACGUGCAAUGUCUCAGGACCACGUCCUCUCACCUGUCGUCUCGCGCCGUGACUACGUUGCACCCGCAUACACAUUUUCGCAGGAUAUGCUCUCGGCCGAUCGCUUGCAAUCACGGGAUCCUUUGCUCUCGCCGGACAAGCUGCUCUCGCUGCGGCGAGCCGAUUUCCGUGAGAAGACGAUGGCUCGUGCGCUCUCGCACACGGACAUCUUCGUGCCUCCCACGCCCACCAUCGAGCGACACCACAGGAUAGCGAAGGCGCACUCACACUCGCAGCAGAGCGAUGGUGCCGGCGACGACGGGUACAGGGGGAACGAUGGGCUGCUGAGCGUCAGUGGCAACAAGAGGCAGGCGUUCGCCUCAAGACGGACACACACAGUCGACCACUUGCAGUACAUACCUGGACAUCACCAUCAUCAGUACCGCACGGCCAGCAAGAAUGAAGUGACAGUGUGAAAACAGGGACAGGAGGACAGAGGGAGGAAGACAGAAGCAAGCAUCUACAUUACAGUACAUGGCAAUAGUGCAAAACAGACAGAAAGGAGAGUAAAAGAAGGGGAAAGCGGGAGAGAUAGAGAAAUAAAUAAGAGUACGAAGAAAGGAAAUAGGAAAACAUCGGUAUCACACUGCUGGAAAAGCAGAAGUGACAGUCUAAACAUAGGGAAAGAGGCAGAGAAAAUGACUAAAAGGAGAAGGUAUGGAUAAAGGUGGGACAUUAAGAUUACGAGUCGAUUUUCUCACAGUUCAGAGUGAAAGAAAGCGAAAGACUGGGCAGGAGGUCACUGAACACUCAUUGUGGUAAUAUAAACAGUGUGUGUGUGUGUGUGUGUGUGUGCGUGUGUGCGCGCGCGCGCGCGUGUGUGUUAACGGAGGCGUCCCAAUUUUCAGUUCUCUUCUUCCCUCUGCUUUUGACCUUGACUUGUUCCCGAUUUCAUCUCGAAGCUUCAGCCUCGACAUCUUCUGGGUCAUUUGGAAAAAAAAAAGAAAGAAUACACUUUCCUCCUCAUGCCUCCGGCCAAUGUAAGGGCUUGCACAUUAACACAGACACAAUCACACCCACAAACACAUGCACACACACACACACACACACACACACGCACACAUGCACACACACGUAAGAAAAUGGGCUGCAGUCCAACAAAAACCAACAAAGACUUGAGGAAAAAAAAACAGGACUGAACAGCAAAAGCCCUGUAUUAACUUUCUACAAAUAUACAGUGUAAAGAGACUUACAGUUUGUAAUUCUAGUUCUCAGUUUAGCUUUAGAGAUUACUCAUAGAUAUGAAGAACAAAAAAAGGUCAUGGGUCUGCCAUGCAAAUGAAAAAAAACAAAAAACAAAAAAAAAAACAAAAGACAUUGCCCCAUUUCGUUAGAAGUGGAGUAAAGGUUAAAAAAGCACAAUCAAUACAGUUAACAGUUGAAACACAUAUUUUAUUAUUUUCACAUUCUGUCAAUUCUUUUUUGGUAUAUCGACCAGCUCCUAUCUGCCUCUUAGAGGCGCUAUGUGCCAGUUUUCUUGCGUACAGGAUUGUAAAUACGCUGUGAUAGCUGUAGUUCAGAGAGUCAAGUUAGCUCAGAUUUUUGGGUUGUUGUUGUUUUCCAGACCUCAGUGAUCUCAGUUUCACCAUCCAGUCGUACAGUAAAUGUGUCCGUGUGUGUGUAUGUGUGUGUGUGUGUUUGUAAGGGUGAGUGCAUGUAUGUGAUUUAAAAAAAAAAAAUAUAUCGAUCGAUAUAUCGGUUGAGUCAGACAUAACGAUGUCUGAUAAGCUUUUGUUGUUGCUGUUGUUGUUGUUUUUUUAUUUUAGUUUUUUUAUUUCUUAUUUUAGCAGAUCUUUCUCCUCUGGUAUUGAUACUGAUGUCUCAACUGAACCUGAAGAAUACCUCUUGUGUUUUUGGUUUUGUUGGUCCACAGUUCAGGUUUGGUACACAGCGUACAAGAACGGCAGAAAGAGUGCUGCAAACAUUUCCACCCGUCACGUCGUCACGGCGAAUCUCCGCCCAUGCGCUCAGCCCCAGAUUUGCUAAGAUCUAAAAUGCCGUUAGCUCAUAUGUGUGGUGUAUGUGCCAAAAGUGGGCGGGUUUACAAAAAAAGUUCAGGUAAACUAGGUCACGUGCGAAGUUAGGGACGAAACCGAGUGGAAAUUACGUUCUGGCGUGUGCUGAUUCGGUUCCGAUCUCAACGAAUAAACUAUAACCCCAGUUAAAAGCGAUGGGAUGUGUUUUGACAAAACAUGAUAUGAACACAAAAUAAAGAAGUUUUUUUUUCAUAAAGUAUCUAUGAACGAAGAGCUUUAUUUAGAGACAUUAUAUAUAAUAUGUCACCAUUUUAAGAAACACCACCGGGCUUCAUUUAAUGCGCCUGAUACAAAUCACACAGGAAAUGUGUUCAUGAGGAUCUGGUUAUUUGGGAAAUUGUUCCUCCAUUUUUGCUCCUGAAUUUGUGUAAAUAUCAACGCAAGUAUAACGCGAACCUCGACCCUCGCACUUAUCUUUCUCGAUUACACACCAACUUAAUGAACAUUUUGUGAAAUUCGCCAGAUCGAAAGUGACUCCAAGAACGACUCCGUAAAUAAAGUUGAGCAAACUGGACUUUCAGUUAGUUUUUCAAAAGUAAUGGCACCCUAGAGAAGGAGGAAGCGUGUAGUGUAGCCGAGCAUCUGCAGUGGCUAAGCUGCAUUAGUGGAAGAUUUAGCGCAUGUCGUGCUUAAGGAGGAGCUCUUUCCCAGCGUAGUCGUCAUGGCGUUAUUUCAGGCUCUCUGUGAGUUUUGACUUUGGUGGAGUUUUAGAUAUGUAAAUCAGCUGCGCUGUGAACAUAGUUUACGGAGGUGCAAAUUGAAGCCUUUGUGAAUCCGAAUAAGGUAUUUAAUGGUUCGUUGGUCCGGUUUGGCCACAAAAACAUUUCCACACGGCUUCACUAAACGAUUAAAGAAUGAAGCCAGUUUAGACUAAUGCCUAAUCUUGGUAAACCUUCUAAUUAUUCAAACUUAUUAAAUGAUAAAUGUCUUCAACUGGACUUCCACAGCUAAACUAACUGGGGUUUUUUUGGUUGUAUUCAUUUGCACCCACAUUUGCUGUUCCUAGAGUGACUUUCAGGCUGUUCGUUAAGGAAAACGUGCAAAACCAGACAGGACGUGCAGUUGUGCUCGUAUGAAAGACAUGGUCCUGCCUGGACCCUGUUAAUAAAUCAUCUUUCAAGUAUGAGCACGGUUUUAUGCACGCAAAUAAUCAGGGCCUUUCAGUACUGAAGAGUGGUUAGACAUGAAAUGAUGAAGGUUCUGGGAUGUAUUGGAUUGAGACAUGUCCAAUCAACCGAGAGUGUGUGAGUUUAUAAGAGCACCAAAUAAGGAAAGUGGACAGUGAAAGGGGGCGAGCCAUAUGGGGCCAGAGCCACUGAAAGUGAUGCUAAUCCUGACAAAAAAGAGAAAUGAGCACCGUUAAUCCACUAAUCAACAAAACCCAACAAUAAUUAAUCUGCGUUUAACUCGAUGUUGUUUGCGGUGUACUGCAACACUGAUUUCUGUUGGUAAAAUAAUUACACACACUAUACGCAAUACUGCUAUAACAACCUGACCACAAGCAUAACUGUGUAAGAAAAGUUUCAAACUAAUUUUGUGUAAAGCAUGCACGGGAGUGUGUGAUGACGUGACCUGUGAUUCUCUGUGAAAUGUUUUAUUGACUGUACAGGUAGUUCUCAGAUUGCAAAGCGAGGUGGUGAAUGUUGUCUGAUUCGUGGACUGUUAUGAUCUUUCUGUUCGGUUCUGUACCAUCAUCAUCAUCAUCAUCAUCAUUAUCCUCAGUCUACAUGAAGCUCACUGCUGUUUCUGAUAAGGAUCAAUAAAACCAACCAAUAAAACAUCAAACUAGCAUGGUCCUGCUUUUCCUCCCCCCACUGUUUUCUCUUCGUUUCUUCUCUUUUAUGAACAAACAUCAGCAUUUGGUUUCAAGCUUUAACCGGACGCGGCCGUACCCUGCGUCACGCAGCAGCUCGUUUACAAUACGCGCAGGUGGGAAGUCAAAGCCAGCUAGCGACUAGCGACACUCAGAGGACAAAAUGAGAAUUAGAAUUGUCGCAGACUUGG